AACGCCACGAUUUUAGAAAGAGACGAGGAUCAGUAUAGUACGAUGCUCGGUGUAUCGUGGAAGAAUCGAAAAUGACGCUGUGUUUUAGUUAUUUCUUCGUCACUCUCUGCCUUCUACAUAUAGCUGUUUUUUCUUCCGCGAUCUAUGAUCCAAGAUUAACUACUACGAAACCGCCAGAGCGUCGCGAAUCGGUGCUUCCUUGGCAUUCAGGUGACAAUGAGAAAGAAUCGCAUGUUGCAAUAACAUCUCCUUCUUCAAAAUGGUAUCAAUCACAGGACAACAUCACACCAAAAUCUGGCACGAAGAAUUGGAGUCCUUGGCGAAAGGCUUCGGAUAGCGAAAUUGAACAAAGAACGCAACUUGACAUUCCUGAGCAAGUUUCUGAAGAAAUUUCUCAAGAAAUUCCAGAACAACAGAAAAAUGUAAAAUUUCCUUUCGAGUAUGGAGAUUUGACACAGUCCGAUAGAAAUUACGGACAUUUUAAGAAUGAAUCAAAAUAUGGAAAUCGUGGUCGGCCUCAAAACGAGAUUGAUUUUGAGCAAAAGCAUCCAUCGAAAAAUGAUGAGACGAAAAAACCGUAUGUUGAAUUUGAGAAGGAGGAUUUGUACGAAGGCGUAUCUACUGACAGCAUGAAACCACGAAAAGAAAAUUUACUUCUUUCACAAAAAUCACAACGUAAAGUGGCUCGAUAUAACUCUCGAUUGGGUGUUCAGUGUCCUGACGAUAAUUCCACAGGACAAUUUGUUUAUCCACCAGAUUGCAAAUUUUUCGUCAAUUGUUGGAAGGGUCGUGCAUUUAUUCAACCAUGCGCUCCAGGCACUCACUUUAAUCCUGAUACUUUGGAAUGCGACUUUCCACACAAAGUAAAAUGCUACGAGGAUGAAUCCACGUUUUUCAAGGAGCAAGAUUCUGAUUCCCAAAUUAAUCGAAAAUCACAGAAAUUACAAGAACCAAACUGCCCGCCUUAUUUGAUCGGUUUACUGCCAGAUCGUGGAGAUUGCACGAAAUUUAUACAAUGCGCGUACGGUGCAACUUAUAUUAUGACUUGUGGUCCUGGAACGGUUUUCAACCCCGCUAUUGGUGUGUGCGAUUGGCCACGUAAUGUAAAGGGUUGUGAAGACAUUUUUACACCUGAUGAAAAAAUUCCACUUGUGCCCCCAAAUUUUCAACACGACAAGGCGAAAUAUACCGAAGCGAAGAAAAUUUCAUGUCCUACGGAUUUCAUCGGAUUAUUGCCCCAUCCGGACACGUGCAAAAAGUUUCUUCAAUGUGCGAACGGUGUUACUUAUGUAAUGGACUGUGGUCCUGGAACAGCUUUUAAUCCUGUUACGACGGUUUGCGAUUGGCCAUAUAACGUACCUGGCUGUAAAACAGAUAAAUCUGAUGAUAGAGUACACGGGACAAAGGAGAGUACUUGGAUUCCAUUUACUGGAUCUCGAGGUGCCACAUCACAUCCAAGUCACUAUAACCGUACGUCUAACCUUCGUGGCUAUCUUUCUCGAUCGGAACAUGACACGACAAUGAGUCCAAUACUUAGAUCAACCUGGAGACCAUUUGCAACUUCUUCAAGCUCACCUUGGAUCCCAGUAUGGACAACUCCGAGGCCACCUAACGGUCAUUCUCAACACAAAGUUAAUUAUCAUGACGGCCAGACAUAUGGAGAAAACCGAUAUCAAGAUUAUGGGCCAUAUCAUCCAGAGUGGAAGCCAAGUAGCAGAAAAUUUGGACAAUUCUCUGACAGCAAUUAUAAAUUUCAAGAUCAUUCGGAUAGGCAACGGGCGGAAAACCAUAGAAUUGAUGAAAAUGCACAACCACCUUAUCAUUUCGUACGUCCAGAAGGAGCGAGAACACACGAACAUGGAAAUCAAGAUCAUCGUUAUGACCAUGGAUAUUAUCCUCCUGGUUAUCAUUAUCAUCAUCAUCACCAUCAUUAUCAUAAUUAUGGACCAGUGAAUCCAAAUUGGAACUCGGACAGCUCUACUGCUACUAUUGACGAUCGAAGACACGAUCAAGGAAACCAAAGAUAUAUUCCAAAUGCAGAUAAUAGUCAUCACGACCAUCGUUAUGAUUCUGGUCAUUACCAUCAUCAUUAUCCCGAACAUGUUGCAUCGAGUGAAACAGAUCAAAGACAAUUUCCAUCAUAUCUUCCUCCUGGAGGAUACAAUGAAGAUAAUAUUCAGCUUCAGAAUAAACAUAACGAAACAAAGUUUUUUAACGUCCCUAAAGGCAAUUUGCCAACCACUCAAAGGACCGAUCAUGAUUUGUCUACAAAUAGACAAGACUAUAGUAGGACGAAUCCAAGAUUUUAUUAUCCCAAUUUGAAUCGUACUUUUCCAUCCACUGAAAACGUUUUGCUAAAUAGUGACCACCAAUUUACUCAAGAUUGGAAUCGGAAUGAAUCGCGACAAAAUAAACUACAUCCCUCUUGGACAAAACAAGAAAAUAGCACUUUGAAUCAGCCAACCCUUAGACCUUCUGGUUUCAAACCGAGUACGUGGUAUGAUGAGCAAAAUCAACAAGUACAGCCGGGAAUUAAGACACAUCCGUGGGAUCAAGGCAUGGCUAGGCAAGAUGAUAAACUACGACAGCAAUUUGAAAAUAAUAUACAUCAACAAAGUACAGUUGAUAAAGAGAUGGAUGCAAAAAAGAUACAGUGGGCAUCAAAGUCAAAUGUUUUGGUAAAUUCAAGAAAUCAAGUAAACUCAGGAUCUAAGAAUACAACUCAAUAUCCGGAAACAAACUUUUAUCCAAAUGGAAUAUAUGUGAAUGUAAAUGGUACGAAAGGUCAUUUUAUCACAAAGGAAAUUGAGGAUAAUCAAGAACAUUCGAAGAGCCAACAACCGCACAGUAUUCCAAAACCCAUCAAGUGGAAUAACACUUUUAACAGUGAAAAUAAUUAUAAGCCAUUUUUCACGACGCUGAUGUCAACGACAACAGAAAAAAUUUCAAAUAAACAAUUCGAGUUGCCGAGAAGAGAACGAGAGUUUGGAAACACUAGGAGAGAAGAGUUGGAUGAUUUUGGUAACAUAAGCGAUCUUAGCUUACCUACUGAUUCAAUUGAACAUGAAGAUAAUCAUUGGAGCAGUAGUGACACGAAGAUAAGUUAUACAGAUUUGAGACCUCCGAAUAUUAUAGAACCCGAAAUAAAUGAUUACGACGUGGAUGUAUUGGAUGACAAAAACGUUUGGAAACCCAGACUAGUUUUCGAAAAUAAAACCGAGACGACAACAGCUUCAUCAGUCAUUAUGAGAAUCGGUCCGAAAAAUACCGAUGUCGAACUUUUUAAUAUCGAAACAGCUCCGUUUCAAGAAAAAGAAUCUGCAUUCCCAGUUUAUUACGUGCACCCAGUGCAUCCAAUAACUCACUCAAAAAAGCCCAUUCAAUUAACGCCUAUAUCUGGACAGACUGUUCGCUUGAGAGGCGGUUCUGGGUCUAAUAAUGGUUACGUUGAAGUACAAGGUGUGUCGCCUGGUUGGGGCAUUGUUUGCGAUUCCAGAAAUAGUUGGACUUUAAAGAAAGCUCAUAUUGUAUGUAGACAACUCGGGUAUAUCAGAGGCGCAGAAAUGGCUUGGCAAGGCAGAAACAAUCACGAUAGUGUAUCAACUUGGAUUGCUGCAAAUACUGUGACAUGCUUCGGCAAUGAAACCAGUUUUCAAUCGUGCAAAUUCACACAUAAUCAAGAGUGUCGCGUGGAUAGAGAUGCGAUUGGAGUGCGAUGUAUCCCUAAUCGAAUCGCGCAUUGUCGCAAGGACGAAAUAUCUCAUAAUGGACAGUGCUAUCACUUAGCUCAUCCUGAUAAUGGAUUGAAUCAUGCUGAAGCAUUGGAACAUUGCAAACGAAUGAAUGCACGACUCAUCGACAUCACUAGCCAGGCGGAAAAUAACUUUAUUUCGGAGUGGCUGUUGCAAUCGUAUCCGGAUGUUAGCUCAAUUAUGACUUCCGGCUUUGGUUUUGCCAGCAUGAGUCGCACCUUGUGGCUCUGGGCGGAUUCUGCUCAUACUAAAUUCAAAUUUACAAAGUGGUGGCCUGGCUGGAUGAACGAUACGGAACAACCACCAUGGGUAGGUUCUCGUCCUCUCUGUAUCGUGAUGAAACGGAAAUUUUCCUGUCACGAACGACCCGAAUCAACUUGUGACACAGAUUAUUACUUCUGGGACACUGAAGACUGCGCAUCUACUUCGAAAGGGCAUUCUUUUGUUUGCAAGAGGCCUUAUGAUGAUAUUGGUUGCAUUUAUGGAAAAGGAAAUCACUACAUUGGCAAAACCAAUGUAACAAUAUCAGGAAACGAAUGUCUUAUGUGGGUGGAUGAGAGAAUCGCACAUCAAUUACGUAUAUAUGUUGUUGAUAAAGAAAUUCGAGACAAAUUGGCAACGCAUAACUAUUGCAGAAAUCCUAAUCCGGCAAAGGAAUCCAGACCGUGGUGCUUUACAAAAACUGGAAAGCGCGAAUAUUGCGAUAUUCCUCCCUGUGGAAAUAUUGAUUCCAAACGGUCUAUGUUGACUGGCCAAUGCAAACCUAAACAUUUUGAAUGUACUCCAGGAGAGUGCAUUCCAUCCCCAUGGGUUUGCGAUGGAGAGGAGGAUUGUACAAACGGAGCUGAUGAAAGAAAAUGUAUAUUGGAUUUGAAUAUGUUUGAAAAAUCAGCAAAACACAAACUAGAGGGCUACGAUAUGGAGAAAUGGUUGAAUACACCUUUAAAAACCUGCGCAUUAAGAUGCAAAGAAGCUGAUUUUACUUGUCGCUCGUUUAACCACAAAUCGGAUGGCAACGUAUGUUUAUUAAGUAACAGUAACAUCGGCUUAACUGGCGCACUCAAACCUGACAAAGAGUUCGAUUAUUAUGAAAUGAAAGAGAGAAGCGUGAACUGUGACGGCAUGUAUAUUUGUAAUAAUCACAAGUGCAUUAACCAAACGAAAGUUUGCGACGGUAAAAAUGACUGUAAUGAUCGCAGCGAUGAGAGUAUCUGCACGGCUGAAAAUUUUGGUUACGAUAUCCGCCUAGCUGGUGCAAAUAAUAGUUAUGAGGGUCGAAUAGAAGUUAAAAUUCUAGAACAUUGGGGGCAGGUAUGCGACGACGGCUUUGGUAUGAUCAAUGCUGAUGUUAUUUGCAAAGAGCUUGGUUUCGAUCUUGGAGCUUUGGAAGUUAGACCGGGUGGAUUUUACGGAAAUCUCGAUCCACCCACAAGAUUUAUGGUGGAUCAGUUGAAGUGUCGCGGAAACGAGAGCACAUUACGGGAAUGCGAUUUUAACGGUUGGGGAGUUCAUAAUUGUCAACCGGAAGAGGCUGUUGGAAUCGUAUGCAAGACCGCAGUCAACACUUGUCAGGAAGGUUACUGGAAAUGCGACAAUACUCCAACUUGCAUUCCGACUCCCUUUAUUUGCGACGAGGUGGUCGAUUGUCCAGAUCAUUCCGACGAGAGUCCAGAACAUUGCGAUGCACCAUUUGAGUUGCGCUUGGUGAAUGGCACUAAUCUUUUGCAAGGAAGGGUAGAAGUGCGUCAUCAUGGCGUGUGGGGUACCGUGUGCGAUGAUGAUUUUACAAGUGCUACGGCAACAGUUAUUUGUAGAUCUUUGGGAUACGGUGGUAUCGCAAUAGCUAAGAAAAACGGUUACUUUGGGCCUGGCCAAGGACCAAUAUGGCUCGAUGAAGUUUUCUGUCAUGGAAACGAAUCGCAAUUAUACCGAUGCGAACAUAAUCACUGGGGUCAACAUAAUUGCGAUCAUAACGAGGACGCAGGUGUAAUUUGUUCACUUGGAGAUGUUAAUAACCCCCAACCGCCCUGGAUAAUCAGCGAAGAACGUUCGGAACGAAACAUUAACGACCUACUCCCGUCAAAUUGUGGUCAACGUGCGAAAGAUUUCGAUGACGAUGGGGACUUAAUAUUUCAGAAAAUAGUACAUGGCUCCAUUGCACCGAAAGGCACCUAUCCCUGGCAGGCCAGCAUUCGAGUUCGAGGGCAUAGUCGAUCAAAUCACUGGUGUGGUGCUGUCAUUAUAUCGCCUCUACACGUGCUAACAGCGGCACAUUGUUUAGAAGGUUACAACAAAGGCACCUAUUUUGUACGUGCGGGUGAUUAUAACAUGGAUAUAAACGAGGGAACGGAAGUGGAAGCCAACAUUGAGGACUAUUACGUGCACGAGGAAUUUCGCAAAGGCCAUAGAAUGAACAAUGAUAUUGCUUUGGUUCUACUUAAAGGUCUCGGUAUUCCACUUGGCAAACAUAUCAUGCCACUUUGCUUGCCGUCUGAAAAUACCGAAUACCCUCCCGGACUAAAUUGCACGAUCAGCGGAUUCGGCAGUAUUGAAACGGGCAAGACGACGCAAUCGAAGGAUUUACGAUAUGGCUGGGUGCCCUUGUUAGAUCAGUCAAUUUGCCGAGCUAGUUAUGUUUAUGGCGAAGGUGCUAUAAGCGACGGAAUGUUGUGCGCUGGAUAUCUUGAUGAAGGUGUCGACUCGUGCGAUGGUGAUUCUGGAGGUCCUUUGGCAUGCUAUCAUAAUGGAGCUUUCAGCUUAUACGGGAUAACUAGUUGGGGUCAACAUUGUGGCAAAGCGAACAGACCCGGGGUUUACGUCCGUGUAGCGCAUUAUCGCUCUUGGAUCGAUAAAAAAAUUAGGGAAUCACUAGCAGGUAGAUAAAAUGUAAAAAUUAAAGAAUUUUUGAUGACGCGUAAAUAUAUUUAAGCUUUUUAUUACCUUUCUUACAAAUGGCAAAACUAAAUAUUUUCAAAAUUGAUUUUAAAUCGGAAAAUGGAUCGAUGCCCAUUUAAUGAUAGUUCUAAAUGAUAAUAUUUUAUCGUUGCCUGUAAGUAAAGUACUUAUGUUAUAUCCAUUCUGCAUAUUCUUUUGUCUUAAUUUAUCGUGACAUUUAUGCGUAUUUCGAUGUAAAUAUGUGUAAAGUAAAAUGUAAGUAUCUCAAAGUACAGAAAUAUAAAUAAAAUAGUCAAAGUAA